CGUGGUACGCGAGACAUUUUUAUCCGCCGGAAUCUUCGAUCUCCGAGAACGUACUUUUCCGCCAAACUUUUCGAUUGCUACCACGGACACGUUCCAGCUCGCCAAGCGAGGAUCCUGCGACAAGAUCAAACGCCGAACCCGUCGCAGUCUGUGUUUGAAAUUCCAUCUCGCUUUACGCGGUGAGAAUGGACGAGAGCAGCGAGUUUCCCAUCUAGAUAACGAUACGCGACUCGUGACCGUCAGUCACUUGCGCGCCGCGCACUCGGCAUCGUGACGAGAGCGAACGUAUUCGGGAAAUAAACAGAGUGCGGCGUGUGUAGUGGUGACAAGAGCGCGCGUCCAACGACCAUGUCGUCGCCGAAUAAGAAGGCCAAAGAGUUGGAGGAUCCUGGCUCGGGCGAGGGGGAUGCGCGCGAUUACGACAUCGAGAUACAAAAGACCCUCGAGGAGAUCGACGGCUGUCAGAAUCAAAUCGAUGGCCUGAACGAGAAAGCCAGCGACGAGAUCCUCGAAGUCGAGAAGAAAUAUAACAAGCUGCGCAAGCCCUACUUCCAGAAGCGUAACGACAUCAUCAAGAGGAUACCCAACUUUUGGGUCACCGCUUUUGUAAACAACAAAGAAAUAGCAGAAAUACUGGAAGAAGACGAAGAAGAUGCACUGAGAUUCCUAAACAAAUUAGAAGUUGAAGAGUUUGAAGAUAUCAAAUCUGGCUAUAGAAUUAAUUUUUACUUUGAUGAGAAUCCAUAUUUUGAAAAUAAUGUUUUAACUAAGGAAUUUCACUUAGGAUCUUCUGGAGAUCCAGCAUCUCAAAGUACACUCAUUCGUUGGAAAGAGGGUGCGGACUUAACAAAGAGAGCAAAAACCAAAGCACCAUUGAAAGGACGCAAAAGGCCACUCAAACACAGAUCAUUUUUCGAUUGGUUCACGGAUCAUGGAGAUCCAAGUUCAGAUGAAAUAGCUGAACUAAUUAAAGAUGAUAUGUGGCCUAAUCCAUUGCAGUAUUACCUGGCUCCAGAUAUAGAUGUCGAGAAUGGUAUCGAAGGUGAUGGCGAAGAAUGUGAAAGCGAAGAAGAGGAGGAAGAGGAGGAUGGCGCGGAUGAUGGCGAUGAAGGAGGCGAAGGAGAGGAAGGAGAUGAUAGUAUAGUAGUAGUCGAAGAUGAUGUUGAUGAGGAUGAUGAUGAGGAGGAGGCUGUGAAUGAUGAAGAUGAUGGUGUAAAUGAAGAGGAUGAUUUAUUGGUAGAUGAUGAAGUAGAUCGCGAAGAGGGCGAAGAACCUGAAUAGAAUCCGAAUCAGACCUCUUACUUCAUAUUUUACAGUGAAAAGAAAAAAAAAUAAUGAAAUUGUGUGCACCGAAUCAAUUGAGAGCAGAGAAAGUUUAUCGGACUGAAAAUAUGCCAUAUGAAUAAAUCUCAGGACACAUUUCUUUUUUUUAUAAAUAUAUAUAUAUAUAUAUACAUAUAUAAUGAAAAUAGGAUGGCAGAGAAUAUUUAGGCGAUCUAGACCCUUUCGAUUGAGAACCUAUGUAUAAAAAUACAACAUUUGUUAAGAUAUAUUGAAAGUGGUUUGAAAGGAAAGGGUCUGGAUUAAAUUAGAUAGGUUCCACUCUUGCAUUAAAUCUAAUCAGAACGUAACAAAUUCUUCCUCAGUUAUAUUCAUAUGGCCUAGUCGUCGUUCUCUUAAAAAAAAAUAUGACAGGAAAAUCCGCCUGGUUCUUAAUAUUGCGGAUUCACCGAUAAGUUAGGAUAAAGUAGAACGAGACACUAGGUGGGGAGUUCCAUUUAAUUGCUUUUUCGUGAAAAUUAUUUAGAUAUGACUUCCAGAGCGAGGUGUCGUAAAUAGAAUUUUUGAGAGUGACAAUUGUAUCUUCUGCACAUAAAGUACUCAAAUUUUUACAUCACUUACCGUCUUAUUAUUUUUAAAUAAAACAAAUAUGAAAUAAAUUUUAUCUUUUGCUACGAUCUAAUUAAUUUAUAUUUUACAAAAUCAUUGUUGCAAAUUUAUUCUACAAAUGACAGUGUUGUAAUAUUUUAUGGGUAAUUCACGAUUGUUAGCAAUUUAUAAUCCGUUUAUAACACUCUUGCAUACUAUCACAAGUUUUAUCUCAUUUUUAUUUUAUCUGACAUUUAUAUAAUUUUAUAUUUUAAUAAUGUAUAUAGUGAAAUCUCUGUAUCAAAGUUUAUAAGUUACAAAGUAAAAAUUUACACUAUGCUAUUACAUAGUAUAUGGUCUUGAUAAUAUCGCAUUACAAUGUUGUCUCCAAUAAACGAAAAUACAUAGAACUUGUACAUUCA